CAGUUCUCUCUCACCACUCCAAGUGCACGGGUGAAGGGCCCGCGUCGUCUGUGUGCCGUGUGUUUGAGUUCGAUUUUUUUGCCGGCAUUUAGAUCGGAUAAAGCACCGAGAAAAACAAAGCGCAAUUUUCAAUCACCGCAAGAUCUGGUGACACCAAGUGAUAAAAUAUUUUGUUUGCGAAAAGCAAGAAGUGGUUUUAAUCAAAAGUAAAUUCGAUUUGCUAGUUGCAGAGACAAGUGAUCAGUGCCGGUGGUCAGUGAACCAGACCCCGAUACAUCGAAAAGAAAGGAUACAACCGAUCCUUAGUGCCGCGGUUAACAAAAACAAACCACCAUCUUUUGCAGCAUCUCGCGUCCAAGCAAGUCUACACAACACAAUCGUUUUGGUGGGUCGUAAAACGGUGACGAGCGCAAAGGGCACAGGGCACAGAGCAGUCAGUGAACGUGAAAACAAGGAAAGGAAAAGAAAAGGAAAAAAGGAAUACACACAAACGACCAGUGAAGCGGUAAGAAAUAUAUCGUAAAACGAUAGUGUAAAACGGAGGAAAGAGAAAAAAGCCUGUCAAGACGCACCAGGAAACACAAAACGAUCGAAAAACUCGUUUUUCAUUGCGAGCCAGCGCGCGCGUGUGUGUGUAAGUUGCGGUAUGAAAGAGUGUACUAGUGUGCGUGCGCGUUGUGUUUGAUUUAGGCCUCACGCUUGUAACGAUCGCCGUUGGUGGGAAGGAGACCGAGCGCGAGCACAAAACACGUGUGCCAGAGUGAGAAGGAGCAAAAGAGUGAGCGAGCAAACGGUGCGGUGAGCGCGUUCUGAUCGAAGCAGGGCUUGCAGCAAUCCAGCCGCGAUCGAUCAAGAUUAUCCUUAAUUUCUUUCUCGUUCUUUUUGUUGGCGAUCAAUGAAACCCGUCCCCGUGUUGGUGUGUGCAGAAUUGAUGAAACAAGCAACAUAUCACAGGCAAGCAAUAAAGUAAAUUAAAAAAAGAAACACCAAAAACCAAACACGAGCGACAAAAAAAGUGCCUUUUAUGAGAAAUUGUGCCCGCGUUAAGUAAAGUGCAACGUGACGAUAAAUUGUUCUCUUGUGCAACCCAAACUGCACGUACCCGUGUGUUUGUGCCCGGGGUGUAUCUGUGCCGUGGAUGUGUUUUAUGUUGAAUUACAACAACAAAAGUGAUACUGAAAAGUGCAAACAACACACAAAGCGAGAUGAAAUUUGAUUCGUUCGUUUAACAAAAAGAAAAGAAACGAGUAAGGAGUGCUAUUUGUCUCCUGGGUGCAGGGCAGUUUGGUCUCGUUUCGAUGUCGAAAUCUGUCGCCCUUUAUUUUAUUAUUUGCUGAGGUAGAGGAAAAAACAGCGACAGCAAAACAAUAUAGCAACAACUGCCCCCUAACUUGUGCGGCAAACAAGAAGCGCGUGAUCGCGUUUUUGUCGAUCGAGGAAAAAGAAAAGCGAAACCGAGAUACAUUGAAGGUGCAAUUAUAUAGGCUCACGCCAGCUCACCCAAAGCGUGCACCAGGGAAAACUGCCCAACUAAAAGCGAACAAAAGAAUCGCGCGAGACCGAUCGGCCGAUGCAGUGGACCGUUGCCCAGUCAUAACAGAACACACCGGCAGAGUGAGUUGAGUGUGUGCCGCCAGCGAGCGCGACUUGGAAGCAAAACAAUUGUGAGAGAAUACGGCAGCAGAGGAGUGAUCACCAGGGGCCAGAAUGGAAGCGAACAGGCGGUAACAUUUGCUCUUGCUGAAUGUUAGACCUAAUGAUCGCUGUGGCUCACAGACAGGCUCGCUCUAUAGUAUGCUGACAAUUUGUUGUUCCGUUUAGAUACCCUGUUUGCGUGUGUGUGUGAAUGUUUGAGAGUUCAACGUAUAGAAAUGAGUGUAGCUUUGUGCCACUAACCGCAAACCGAUCACUUCCAUCACACGAUCUCUCAGGCAAGUGUAGAGCGAAUUAGCCAAUUCCAUUGUAGUACCUGUGCCCCGUCUAAACGAAACGUGUGCCCCGAGAAGCGGCACAAGUGCCCGAAGAUGUUGGACACGAUAAGCAGGAGACGGAAGGACGACGAACAACCACACACAACGAACGGUGGUGGUAGGAGGCUGCCGCUACGCAGUACCCACCGGACGAUGCACCUGACGGAAGGCGUUCUAGCGGCAGCAGCACUGUUCAUCAUCAGUCAGUGCGUCGUACGCGUUGACAGUUGGGUGCCAGAUGUCCAGAGCAAGAUACGCAUCCCAUACGAUGCUACCGUGCCGUCCUUUUUCGGCAACAGUACCGAUUACUUCAAGCUGCUGGAUGCGAACGAGCAGUACAUACUGAUCGGCGCCCGGAAUGCGGUGUACAACAUCUCGAUCGAUCGGCUGGUGGAGCUGCCGGGCCAGCGGAUCAGCUGGCCAUCGUCCGACGCCCACCGGGAGCUGUGCACGCUGAAGGGCAAGCACGAGCAGGACUGCCAGAACUACAUCCGCGUGUUUGCGCGCAUCAAUGCGAACCGCAUCAUGGUGUGCGGCACGAACUCGUUCAAACCCCUGUGUCGCUACUACAACGUCCUGCCGGGCAAUGGGUCGCUGGUGUACGAUAACAACGAGCUAGAAGCGCAGGGCCGCUGCCCGUACAAUCCGCAGCAUAACAGCACGUACGUGUACACCGAUGGGCAGCUGUACUCGGCCACGGUGGCGGACUUUUCCGGCGCGGAUGCGCUGAUCUACCGGGAGCCGCAGCGGACGGAGCAGUUUGACAGCAAGCAGCUCAACCAGCCCGCGUUUGUCAGCGCGAUCGAGUACAACGGGUACGUGAUGUUUUUCUACCGCGAGGUCGCGAUGGAGUACAUGAACUGCGGCAAGGCCAUCUACUCCCGGGUGAGCCGGGUGUGCAAGAACGAUAAGGGUGGACCGUACCCGUUCCAGGACAAGUGGACCUCGUUCCUGAAGGCACGGCUAAACUGUUCCAUUCCCGGCGAAUAUCCGUUCUACUUCGAUGAGCUACAGGCGACCACGAACGCGAUCAGCGGCACGUACGGCGGUGUGCGGAACAAGAUCAUCUACGGCAUUAUGACGACGCCGGAAAACGCUAUCGGCGGAUCGGCCGUGUGUGCCUUCUCGGUGGAGGACAUCAUGGAAGCGUUCGAGGGACCGUUCAAGGCGCAGCGCGACAUCCACUCGAACUGGCUGCAGGUGCCGCCGAGCGCGGUGCCCGAACCGCGCCCGGGCAAGUGUGUGGACGAUAGCCGUACGCUCCCGAAGGCGCUGGUCAACUUCGUCAAGACGAACAACCUGAUGGACAGCUCGGUACCGUCGGUACACUCGCGGCCCGUCUUUACGCGCGUCAGCCUGUACUAUCGCCUGUCGGCGAUUGCGGUCGAUCCGCAGGUGAAGGCACUGGACGGCCAGCGGUACGAUGUGAUCUUUGUCGGCACGAACGACGGCAAGGUGAUCAAGUUCGUGAACAUCCUGUCGGCGAACACGUCGGACGAUGUGCGCACGGUGGUGAUCAGCGAGACGCAAGCGUUCCCGCCCGGCACGAAGAUCAACGAGAUGACGAUUUCGAAGAAGAACGCGGCCCUGAUCGUGAUCAGCAGCGGGAAGAUCAUUUCACUGCCGCUGCACACCUGCAACGAGCACAGCUUCAAGACGUGCCGCAAGUGUUUGGAUCUGCAGGAUCCGUACUGUGCGUGGGACGACCUGAAUCGGGACUGCAAACCGAUCGACGAGGUGCAUGCGUCCGGGGCGCCGAUCGAUCAGUUCUACCAGCGGUUGGAUGGGGAGCGCAUCGGGGAGAUUUGCAGGAAGUACGACCAUCAGGAGCCGACGGUACACACGUACGAGGAUAACGAUGUGUACACGCGGGUGGAUGGGUCCGGGGCGGUGGAAAAGCCGGACAAAUCGUUCGACCAGCGCAAUGUGCUGAUCGUGCACGCGAACCAUGGUACGGUGUCGUCGGUGGGGCCGGAAGAUAUCGACAACGAGAUAUCGAUGUCGUCGGUGGAAGGUGACGAGCAAACGAACCGGAUCAUCAAUACGCUGCAGUACCAGCCGAAGCCGGAUACAUUCGUGAAGCAAAAUGUGCUAUCGGCAACACCGAACCUGAUAUCGCUACUGUUAGGUUUCAUCGUGACCGUGAUGGUGAGCGUUGGAGUGGGCUGUCUCUUCAUGCGCCAUCUAAUGCUGAAGAAAGGGCAGGGAGGAUGCGAGCACCGCAAUCAGCUGCACUGGCAAAGCGGCAAAAGCCUCUCGAUGCUGUCCCAGACGCGCACGAGCGGCAAAGACGUGAACCUGCUAAUGAACACGACCAACCAGUACCACACGCAGCAGCAAGCGAUCGUGCAGCAGCUGCAGCAGCACCAUCAGAACAACUGCAAGGAUAAUAUCGACUUUGACUACAAGGACCGCAGCGUGGAGUGCAAAAACUCGACGGAAAAUCUCGAGAAGGACAUCAGCAAAGGGAUGGGCACGCUGCAGAAGGUGAAAAAGACGUACAUAUGAUUUACUGCUGUGCUACUAAACAACCAAACACCGUCUUACACCCGUCCGGAUGGCGUUGUUGGUGGCGGCGGUGGGUGACCCAUUUUUUUAUUAGAAGACCCCAUUUCCUUCUUACAUACGCUCUGGCGAUGGGCGACGGUGUGUCUGACUCUUCUGCUCACAACCCUCCAUCUUUUCCAUAUCUCGAGGAAGGUAUUCUUUCUCCCUCCCACCCAUGCACUACGAAGAGGGGGUAAAGACACACAAAACCUCGAGCGACGCUUCUUUUCUACUUCUUUUGGUGGUUGGUAUAUUAAGCUCUGUGUAUUGUAUGUGGGGAUCAUUUUAACCCAGCGCUCUCUCGGAGAAGAUCCGCCACGGAAAAGGAUAAGAGUAAAGACGAAUCCAUUCUAAGUACACCAUUGAAAAUCGAAGCACAAUCGAGGCUCUGAGCCAAAUUUGUUAGGGGAAAAAGCAUUUCAGACAUAAAAGCAAAAACCCUCCAGGUCUCCAAGACAUCCAGACACAGAUGCCGGUCAGGUUCUCAGUAAAGGUUCCGGUUCGACUUCAUCCCGGUUGUUUGCGAUUUUGUUAUGGUGAACGGAAUGGAAUGUUUAAGGUAACUACUCUCUCGCUCUUUGAAAUGGCUAUUUAGCACUACAACUUCUUAACGAUCUCCUAAUACGCAUGCAUGUACUGUGGUUAAACCCUUCUAAUACGCUCUUACAGCUCUUAAAGAGUGCUAAGUGCUAAUAUCAAUCGAAAUACACACUCUGGCUAACAGGCGCUUUCUAUUGUAAACUGACAAAACGCGGCAAAUGCGUGAAGAAGUAAGAAACUUCCGUCCCUAUAAUUGGCCCCUCAUCUUCUGUCUGCUAACCAAAAAUGUGCUUCUCAUUCUCCGUGGGCAAUUUCUUUUAUUAAUUUAUUACUUCUAUCUAAAGCUUCUUUCUGUCGAGCACAAACACGUCUUAAUCCUCUUGCUUGGAAGUGAUCAUUUGUGUCUGUGAUUAACGUUUGUUUCAAUGUUCCUUUCUGAAUACUAUUAACAACAAGUGCCUUGUCUUUUCGCUGGCAUGCUACUAAUGUCAAACCGAGAGAAACGAACCUUCGAACCUAAACGAACGAACGUACUAUUUUUUUUUCUCCAUUCCGUUCCCAUAACUACAGACUCGCCACUUGAAGACGUUUAAACCGUAAAACAAGGGAAACGAGCCCCAAGUGUCCAUUUGGAUGCACUCCAAUAGCGUUCGGGGAAGCAUCCGAGAGAGUGUGUGUUUGUGUGUGUGUAACCUGCAUGCAAAAAAAAACGAAAUAUGCCAACCAUAACUGAAAUCGAAGUGAAGCAGCUCGUGAGAAGUCAGCUUUUUUCUUCUAUAUUGUAAAUGUGUGCCCUCCCCCCACCAGAAGACGGUAGUCAGCCCAGUUUUGAUCGAGGAAAGUGACAGGAGAGUGAGACUGUGUGCCUAGCACGAAAACUCCCAUUGCAAAGUCCUUUAUUUGGUGCGUUGAUGAGAUGAAACGCACCUCCCCCCCCCCCCCCUUUGCACAGAAAGUGCCUCCAGCGCCGGUUGUUGUGGGUUGGCAGGGCACGGAACGGGAGCCAGCUGAACGAACACCCCCGCCUUCCCAGCGUCUAGCGUCUACGUUCUGCAACUGCGAAUUCGUUCUUGCGAAAACUUAUGCGUUCCAAUCAAAAAGCGAGCCGAGCUCGUGUCGUUUAGGAGAUAAGAAGGUAAACAAAAAAUUGUAAAAAACAUACAGUAUCCCCACGAAUGGAUACGAACGGGACGGGCAGGGUGGUCCAGCAUCCCCUCGGGCCUGUCCCCCCCAUUUAUCACAUGCGAGAGUUGAGCUGCCAGGAGGAAGAGAGGCAGUAUGGUGACGAUAUUUGAACAAUUCUUUUCAUUACAUUAAUGACCAUUAAUUUCGAGUAAGCUUAGGUCAGAUAGAGAUUAAAGCAAAGGAUUCCCUGUACAGAGUAAAGGAAAAGAAAGGCAAAAAAAGCCCGCGAUAAUAGGACCCAACAGUAGCGCAGCGUACGAGCAAUACAGAUCGCGCUGCAAUGUUAGUGAAUGUUUUUUAAAACUUCUUUAUACAAUAUCGAUGAUAAUGGAUAAUGUUAUUUUACAAUGAAGCUCUCCCACGUCUAUAGGUUAAUAACGAUAUCAUUAUGUCGAUCGUAAAUAAUUCAGCUGUACAAACGAAACAAAACAAAAACCGAAACCGAUUACAAAUAGCUAUGAAGCAGAGGAUGUCCGUAUUUCCAAACUCCAAGGGGAGCAAUGUUCGGCGCUAACGUUGAUACGUUUUAUUUAAUUAUUUUGCUCAAGAAUCUCUGUCAAGAAACAGUACUGAAUGUACUGUUGGUGCAAGCAAAUGCUGACAAAAAAAAAUACUCCUUCGACUGUUACACGUGUUUAGCCGUUUCGUUUCGGAUACGUUCGGUACGUUUGUGUUUGUUUGUUUAUUGUUUUUUUUUAUGUCGUAUUAGCCCACCUUAUGUUUUGUUUUAUUUUAUACUUUGAAACAACAAACGACCGAAGAAACAAACGAGCAAGCAACGCAGUGGCUUUAAGUUUUAAGCGUGAGAUGAAUUAAUGUAUGCCACGUUGAUUGCAAACCCCAACAAAUAGGCAGCAAACACGUGAUGCAUCACUCGAAUGCUUGCAAUAAUAGUGGAACAAAAACAUAGAUACGUCAUUUAUACAGUAACGGAAACAUUAUAAUAGGAAUAGGCAUUUGCGCGCUAGCCGAUGAAGGAUGUAGUGAUAAAAAAAGGCAAUGGAAAACGGCGAUAAGGCUAAGGAUAAUGGAGAAGGAUGGCGAAACAGGCGAAACAAUGUGAUAAAAAUGAGUAUUUUAAUUAUUUUUUUUCGAGCCUCAACGUCUUCUCCAACACGAUUGUAAACGAUUAUGUGUGUGUGUGUGCGCGAAAAUUGUAUGGAUGUGUUUUAGUGUAGUAAGUGUGUGUGUGUAUGUGUACGUGAGCGUAAUAAUUGUUACAACUUGCAGUAGCUAGUAGGGACGACGUAACGCUGAUUUUUAAUAGUGAAAGAGCUGCCGCCUCAUGUCAUUAGUAAAAGAGCUUAUGCAGAAAUGUGCCCAACCCUCCCCAGCACAGUUCUGAGUUUAACUAUUUAAAUAAGCAAAACAACAAAAACAAAAAAAUGCCUUCAACAGACUAUCCGGAGAAGCACACUCCACGAGCACGAGGACAGAACGACGGCAAAAACGCUUGCUCCUGGACAGUGUUUUUGCGAUUCCAAUUAGUGCCUGGUGGUAUAAGCUGCAAGCAAAACAAAGGAUACCAACAAGCAGCAAUUAAUAGCAAACAAAUGAGUCUUUUGGAGGGGCUACCGGCUAAUUAGCGAUAAGGUGAAAAGUGCAACUAGCGAUAGUAAUAACUAGCAAUAGAGACAGAUAAGGAAUUCGUAACAGACUCUCAACAAUCAGUGAAAAGUCCAUCGAUAGCGUUUGAAAGCGAUAUACAUGAUGCAUACAUAGUAAUGGUAAACAGCCCGUGUCUUACUGUAAAUAUACUUGGACGAUCGAAAUAAAAAGUGAAUAAAUUGUGA